UAUUUUAAGCUGGAGCUCCGUUACAUGAAUAGACCUAUGGUAUAAUGAAGAUAAAAUUAAGCAAUUUCAAAUAAAACAAGGACAAAUUUGGACAUUUCCCCUUCCAUCUAUCAAGUGCACCCUUAAUGAAAUUCCCCUUCAAAAGUUGGUGUAGCGUGGCAAAGAAAGGUCAAACGUACAAAAAUCAACUGCCACUAAGAAGCAAUUGGAGAAUUUGGUGGAAGAUAAAAGGGGAUUCAGAUGAAGAAAAGUCAGAACCAUUCAUGAAAUUCGUGGCCCCGGCAAAUUGUCCAAUAGAUUUUUCGCAUAUAUCUUCACAAAGCUCAAGUAUCCUUAAAUAGCUAUCUGCCUAUUUAGUAUCUGUAAAAUAAAUACGUGGCUAUUUUCUUGAUCUUUCUUUCUGUUCCAGUCUUGUUAGAACUGAACUCUGUCUUUCUUUAUCCUUUGCAGAUGAUAUCACAAAGUCCCUGAUAAGGUGAGCAUAUCAUGGUUCGACAAUGUUAAGGCUUCAGAAUCCACUAGCCUUUUGCAGCUGCCAAUCAUUUCCGGAUACUAGUUUGCUGCAUGAAGCCGUUCCUUGCAAGACUAAAUAUGUUCAUCCUUUGAUUGGUAGUCGUAGUUCUGCUAGCCUUCUGAGUUCUCCUAAAGGAGUCAGCACUUCUUCUUGCUCUUGGAAUUGGACAAAGCUGCUGAAAACUUAUAGGCUCUUUCAGCAUGCCGCUUCAUAUAGAUUGUUGUGCCGGUCACAAGAUGCCACUUCACCUGAAAAUGAGUAUCGCUCCUCUCGAAAUAUAGCUAUCAGCCUGUUUAGGCGAUACAAGAAUUUUCUUGAGCGUGGAGGAGGUGACAACCUAAAAGAGUUCAUCAGUGCUGGUGUAAAUGCAUAUGCUUUGGGAUCUACUGAUGAAGGAUUGAGGAAAGAGCUGAUUGCUUUGAAGGAAUGUGGGGCUGAAAUUGAAGCCAUGGAAACAUAUGGAGGAAGUACCACCCUGAAGUCCAAGAUUUCAUCUGAGGAGGUUGAUGAGUGUAUUAUGUGGUUGAGCAUUAUAUUCAUCACCAUUCUAUGUACACCUCAACCAACUAUAGUUCGAUGGUCAUCCACUCCCCCAGUUUCUGAUGAAAUGAUAGUCCACUGGAAAGGCUUCUGUGCAAUCAUAGCAAACGCAUACUUUGUGAGAGGAAUGGCAUGGCUUCCAGUGAAGACUCUCCAACUAGAGCAAAUGGCAGUUGUGGGUCAUGCUGAAGAGCCAUCACUUGUUGCUAGCCGGAUGAGACUAGUUUUUACCACUCUGGAGGUUGUGAGUCCACAAUGGCCUAGAGGAUGAAGCAGUUUAUUUAGAAUUCGGACAGCAAGAUAUCUCUUUACAUUUCUUUCCUUUGUCCAAAAAUAUUCUGCUAAAGAAAUGUUUGCUUGACAUGAAAAUACUCCAGAGGCUGAUCUCUGUCAACUCGUACUUGAACAUAUUGCUAGGCUACUUUCAUAGUGAGUUAGAGCAUAUAAGAAUAUCAAAAACCAUAUAACUGACAUGUACCUAAAGUGUAAUUCUGAAUUCUGAUUUAGAUCAAAACAGGCUGUCCAACAGGGUCAGGUCAAUAAUC